UGGUGGGGGGCAGCAGCCGUGAUCGCGAUGCGGUGAGCGCCCGCGCGCCCCGCGCCGGCACGCUGGCGACCUACCCGCGCCACUAUGGCGGCGCCGCGUACCACGCGCGCGCGCCCGCCUUGCCACUCAAUGCCAACGGCGAGCCAAUCAAGCUCCCAGAGAACUUGGAGAGUCUGCCUCGUGCCGAGCAUUUCGCCGCCCAGCGACAUCGAUGGAACACCAACGAGGAAAUUGCGGCAAUUCUCAUCAGUUUCGAUAAACACAGCGAAUGGCAAUCCAAAGAGGUCAAAAUCCGGCCAAAAAGCGGCUCAAUGCUGCUGUACAGCCGAAAAAAGGUGCGAUACCGACGCGACGGUUACUGCUGGAAGAAACGAAAGGACGGCAAGACCACCAGGGAAGACCAUAUGAAACUCAAAGUGCAGGGCACAGAGUGCAUCUACGGGUGUUACGUUCAUUCAGCCAUCCUGCCGACGUUCCACAGAAGGUGCUAUUGGCUACUACAGAACCCUGACAUAGUCCUGGUGCAUUACCUGAACGUGCCAUACCCGGAUGACAACAAGCUGGCUACAGUUGCUCCAAGCCUCGCUCUCUGGGCCGAUAAGAAGGAAUGGACGAAGGACGAACUUGUCAGCCAACUCAAGCCUAUGUUUUUCAGCGAAGACGAACCGGACAUCAAUAAUGAGCUGGAGAUUUCGGGCAAAAUGUUCCAAACGGCGGAAACGGUGGAAGCCAUUGUAGGCCAGUUGAUGGAGAAGCAACGAGCGGCAAGAGCUGCUGCAUUGGCCAGGCAGCUGGAAUGCGGUUGUCCUGACUCCACCUGCCAAGACUCGAGGACCUGUGCUCAUCCUCUACGGCGCAUACAAGCGGUUAAACCUCCACCAUCUGAUCACCAUGUUUCAUCUACUACAGGACCAUCACCUCGGCCUAUGUCUCAACCACCGCGGCAGUACACGAGAGACCAUAGACCUUCGCCACAACCGGCAUCACCAUUAUUAUUAUCUCUAGGACAGAUUCAAGGAGGAGGCGGCUUGUUAAUACUUAACGGCGCAGGCAACAGCGCUCAACAACAUUCCUCUUUGGUGUCACCCUUAUCGGUAACGUCAUUUGUCUGCGAAGAACCAAGAGACAGGUAUCGACAACCAACCUUCGUACUAAAACGAGAAAUACCCGACAGUCAACCCUCCUCGUGUCAUCAGAACUCAGAUUCAACAUUCAAAGUCGAAAAUCACAUCGAGGAGAAAGUAGAAAUAAGUUUUGAUAGGAAAAUAAAAAUGGAACCUCGAAUUAGAAAUCAAAUUAUAGCUAGUGCUCCUGCAACUCCGUCUAGAUAUCCCGGUUCAGGGGAAAGGCUGGAAAGUAAGGUUUUAACAGACUGUGAUGAUACUCUAGUAUUGCUAGGUACCGAUGGACAUUUAGGACCAUCCCAUGGAUUCUUCGACGAGACUCUAGAGCUAUCGCACGAAGAUAUUCAAAAGACGUUAUCAGCUAAUAUGCCUACUUGUGAAUUAGAUAGAAGUAGCGUGAGAUCUACUGAGACAGCUAAUGUGAUGGUAUCGGGCAUUGAUACAAUGGACUUCAUAGAGAGUUGUGAGGCUGUUGCAUCGCCUACACACGUUGUUGAUGACAAUGUUUUUGUUAAUUUGGAUGCUUUUGAUAUGCUGGGAGAUUUUCCAGAACUGGAGGUAUUGGAUCCUACAACAAUAUCGCAUAAUCCAUCGUUCAUGUUCCAGACAAUCCACGAAAAAUCACCACAAGCAGAACAAUCCCCUCCUGAAAAAAUGCAAACAGAAUGCAACGGCGAAGGAGCUCUCAGCAUUACGGACUAUUCCCCUGAAUGGGCGUAUCCUGAAGGAGGAGUGAAGGUGCUGGUAGCCGGACCCUGGACAGAGUCAUCAGAUCAAUAUACAGUGUUGUUUGAUAACUUUCCAGUGCCAUCUACGCUGGUGCAGAAUGGGUUAUUAAGGUGUUAUUGCCCAGCUCAUGAAGCUGGCCUAGCUGCCCUGCAAGUAGCACGUGGCGGUCGUGUAGUCUCAGACACCGUAGUUUUCGAGUAUAAGGCUGGGCCAGCUCCGACACCAACAUCGCCUGCGUCAGCCCCUUUGCCGACGUUGGAUUUUAUACGUUUCUCGUUGCUUCAUCGCUUGCAACGGCUGCAUGGUCGACUGCAGAUGAAGACUGAACCCAUGGAUGAUAAUAAUCAGGUUGAAGACAUCCAGCUGUACUCCAAUCCAAAAUUUGAAGAGCGCCUUGUAUAUUUCUGUCGUUCCUUAAGCGCUUGUUCAGCUGGAACAUCAGAAGGUUUUACUACAGAACCGGGAGAAGAUGGUUCAACAAUAUUGCAUUUGGCUGCGGCCCUUGGGUAUACCAAACUGACAACUGUACUGCUGAGAUGGAGGCAAGAUGAUACCAGCCUUGCGUUGGAGAAAGAAGUAAAUUUAGGAGCUAGGGACUGCGACAAUUGCACGCCUUUGAUGGUAGCGAGUGCAGCAGGUCACGUCGAAACAGCAGUAGUGUUAGCCCGAUGGAGCGCCGGUCAACAGCUAGAAUCUGGUGCGAGAGAGGCAGCAGCGACCGCACAAAGGGCUGGACACCAAAGGCUCGCUUCAAUGCUGGAUAGGAUACAUCCUCCACCUAGGGAUGGGGUGUUUCUAAGGCCUAAUAGUUUAUCACAAAAAGGACGCGCGGGCAGUAUAGAGAGCAACUUAGUAAAGCGACCUUCGAUAGAUAGCGGUAUCAACAUGGCAGACGCAUUCCGGAGUAAUUCAGCUAUUGACAAAGUUGAUGCAAAAUCAUCUGCUCGAUGGGAACGCAGCAUGUCCCUUCCAUUGGACUCCGACAAUUCCGAAGACAGUCUCGGCGAUUCAAAAAUAGGACGACGUAUGGACCUCGCUCUUUGCGAGACGGCGCCGGGUGCGGCGUCGCCACUCAUAGAUGUGGAGGCGCUGUCGGACGCGUCAAGGUCACCACCACCCGAGCCGCCCCCGGCCGCCACGCCCGUUCCAGGGGAGCAGGAUGACCGGGUGUUCACGCUGGCAGAGCAGAUCAUUGCAGCUAUGCCAGACAGGAUAAAGAACGAAAGCUCGUCCUUGCUUUCCGGGUGCGGUCUAGAAAGCGGCGGCAAUGUCGGCGAAGAUGCUCUCAUGGCGCCCUUGCUCGAUGACACUACCACCUUUAGUAGCGAAUUCAGUUUUGAAUUCUGCGAUAAUACUUAUAGGUACUGUGGUGGUUCAACACCCUGUUCUUCAGGGUCUGUGUCACCUGGCUCAGCGCUAUCUCCACCGCCACCAUCUCCGCGCCCCUCUCUGCCCUCGGCUCCCUCUGCCACUCUUCAGGAAUUUCUUAAUACUACUAAUACGUUCUCUAGUCUUACUCUAAAUGUGUCCAAUCAGUUCGCAUAUCUGAAACAAAUGCAUGCUGCGGCGACAGUAAUACAACGAGGAUAUCGUACGCAUCGCGAGCAUCGACUCGCACAAGCCACUCUCGUCAAGAGGACAUAUUCUCAGAGGCGUCAGAAUCAAGCAGCGAGGAAGAUCCAACAAUUCAUGCGACAAUCAAAGAUUAAUACUUGGGAGGAAUUCACGACUAACGUUGCAGAACGCACGAGCCGAAAGCGGGAAGGUGGCCCAGCUCUUACAGGAUGUCCGCCGAAACUCCUCGCCGCACACCAUCAGUAUGCAGCCCACGGCCAAUAGAAUGGCGGUGAACUACUUACAACCGCAUUCCCCGCUGGACGCCGAUGAAGAUUUGCUACUAGAACUACUAUUCAGAAUGUGACCGAUACCCAAUGUGCUCUUUGAUAUUUCAAUCAAUCGUCUUAAACCUUUUCAUAUAACGUCAAGGAAAAUGAGGGCGGAAUAGAAAAUUAAGAUGGAUCAAACUAGAUGAAAUUGGAUUGAAAAUCAUGUCUGCCAAAAAUAUUAACGUGGAGAAAUGACGGGACUAUUAUAAGUACACGUAACAACAUUAAGAUGUAUCCUUAUCUACCUUUGGCAAUAAAGUUCAGAUUGCCUGGCAACGAGAGAGGGUUUAAAAAAAAAUCUUAUUCAAGUUAAUUGCCCUUUAUCGUAAAACUUCAAUAACGUUGAUUUUUGAAAAACUUUACUUCGUCUCAAUGCUUCAUUACUAAACGUUACUGCCUGCACUUAUCAAAGUGUCAUUCGAUAUAUCUGAUCAAUUGUUUGAAACAGGUCUUAUUCUUCGAGUUGUGAGAUGACUCAGGCCUUGUCUAUUGAAGUAAUUAUUAAGUUUACGUUCGUCGUAGUACCUGUAACGAAGUUUUGACUAUCGAACACAGUGUAUAUUACUGAAUCAACUAUUGCAUUUCUACGUUUUAUUUCUUUAUGACUUGUUCGGAGUUUUUUAAAUGUAUCUUUGUUUAAACUCUUCAGGUCAUACACAGGGUUAUAUUUAGUAUAAAUUUUAUCGUAUUUGUAUUAUAUUUUCAUAAAGUAUUUUUGAGACAUU